UAUGACAAAUUAAGUUUAUGUUUAUUGAAUAUAAUAAUAAAAACAGAUGGAUUCACCAAAAAAAAAAGUAGUUGGCUUACAAAGAAAUACAUUGAAACCCCCUGAAAGAAGGCUGUAAAUAACUAAACAUAUAUGUCUCUGGAAGUGAGGAGGGUAUACUGAGCCCCUUCUUUAAGCUGUUACAUUAACUUCAGUGAUGAAUUCCUCAGCAGAGCUUUGGCACCUGGGUACAACAGGGUUAAUGAGCAGGAGUAGGGUAGGUGGGGUUACAAACCAGGAACACAUGCCCUCCAAGUUAGAUAGCUUUUUUUCCUUUUUAAUUGCCCUUAACACACACGCUCUCACAUAACACAGAAGGUGAGAGCUGAAUGAAGUUUUCUGGGUAAUGACUUGAAAUGUUUUCCUUAUGAGAAGUAGUGUUGAGUUACAGCGGGCAGACGGAGAACGGGGAGGAGAGAAACAGCAGCCUCAAUCUGGCCCCCACCUUUUCUUGGGCUUGUAGGAAGGUGGACAUUGGCUCUUGGGGACCAGACAAGUGAUAUGUUGAACUGGUUGGUGGCUGGAAUCAACUGCUCCUGGAGUGACCUAAGGCCAGUGUUUACCAGAACUUAGCCAGGGCCAGCCAAGCAGGCACAGAUGCUCUGCUGUGAAAUGCCACGCAGGCAGAAACUGACAAGCGGUAGGAGCUGAGCUUUCCCCUUGGACGGCUGCUUCCUGCUGUGUUCAGGGGAGGGGGUCACUUUCUGGCAACUCUGCUGCCGCUGCUGCCACUGCUGCUGCUACUUCAGCUCCCUCUCCACUCAAGGUAAGCAGGCUAAAGGAGGGCAGGCUGCAAGCGAAAACUUUGUACCAUGAACAGGAUCCGAAAGUUUUUCCGAGGAAGUGGGCGAGUCUUGGCAUUUAUCUUUAUAGCUUCUGUCAUCUGGCUGCUCUUUGACAUGGCAGCUCUCCGCCUCUCAUUCAGCGAGAUCAACACUCGGGUCAUCAAGGAAGACAUCGUGAGGAGGGAGCGGUUAGGAUUCAGAGUUCAGCCAGACCAAGUGAAAAUUUUUUACAGCAGCAAAAAAGAGAUGAAACCUCCCCUAAAGGGACAUGGGAAAGGGGCAUGGGGCAAAGAGAACUUUAGAAAAACUGAGGGGAGUGUGCUCAAGGUUGAGGUUGACCUGGACCAAACCCAGAGGGAAAGAAAAAUGCAGAAUGCCCUGGGAAGGGGCAAGGUUGUGCCAUUGUGGCAUCCUGCACAUCUGCAGACCCUCCCCAUGACUCCUAACAAGAAGAAGACAGAAGGGAGGGGCAUCAAACCUGAAGCCUCCUCUCACCAGGGGACACCAAAGCAAACAACAGCUCAGGGAGCUCCAAAAACCUCACUCCUAGCAGCAAAAGGAACACCAUUAGUUACAACAUCAGUACACGUGGGACCCCUCAGUUUAAAACAGGAGGCCCUGAAGAGUCAUAGCCCUAGCAGUGACACAUCAAAACUAGCAGCUGAAAGGGACUUGAAUGUGACCAUCCGUCUUAGUACUGACAGACCAAAGCAGCGAUCACAGGCAGUAGCAAAAGAGAGGACACACCCUGCCAGCACACCAGUGCCGAAGUCUGGGGAAGUCAUAGCCUUAAACAAAACUGAGACUCAGAGCAAAGAAGUAAAUGCAAAUAAACACAAAGUCAAUAAGAGUCUUCCUUUUUCUAAGUUCAUUGUCAAUUCAAAUCACUUAAGGAAGCAAUCUAUUAAUGAGACACCUUUGGGAAGCUCGUCAAAGAAUGACAGAGCUGGAGGGGCUCAUGGAAAGAAACUCAAUUUCUCUGAAAGCCACAUUGUGAUUAUAACCAAGGAGGAAGAGCAAAAGACAGAACCCAAAGAAGUCUCCAAUCCUAAAACCAAAAUUAUAUUUCCUAACAUACUGGGUAAAAGCCAAGGUAAACAUAUUUCCAGGAAUAGAAGUGAGAUGUCUUUCUCUUCACUUGCUCCACAUAGACUACCACUGUCCCAAACUAACCACGCUUUAGCUGGGGGGCUAGAGCCAGCAAAAAUCAACGUAACUGCCAAGGCCCCCCCUAGAGAAUACAACCAGAGUUAUAUAAAGGCCCUUUUACCUGAAGACCAUGGGAUGCACCAGGUGUUAAGAAUUGAUGUGACGCUUUCUCCAAGGGACCCCAAAGCUCCAGGGCAGUUUGGGCGCCCUGUAGUUGUCCCCCAUGGAAAGGAGAAGGAGGCAGAAAGAAGAUGGAAAGAAGGAAACUUCAAUGUCUACCUUAGCGAUUUGAUCCCAGUGGAUAGAGCCAUUGAAGACACAAGACCUGCUGGGUGUACAGAGCAGCUAGUUCACAAUAACCUCCCGACCACCAGUGUCAUCAUGUGCUUUGUAGAUGAAGUGUGGUCCACUCUCUUGAGAUCUGUUCACAGUGUCCUCAAUCGCUCUCCUCCACACCUCAUCAAGGAGAUUCUGCUGGUGGAUGACUUCAGCACCAAAGACUACCUAAAAGAUGAUUUGGAUAAAUACAUGUCUCAGUUUCCAAAAGUUCGGAUUCUUCGCCUCAAAGAGAGACAUGGCUUAAUAAGGGCCAGGCUGGCAGGAGCACAGAAUGCAACAGGUGAUGUGUUGACGUUUUUAGAUUCUCACGUGGAAUGUAAUGUUGGUUGGCUGGAACCUCUUCUAGAAAGAGUUUAUUUAAGUAGAAAGAAAGUGGCCUGUCCAGUAAUCGAAGUCAUCAAUGAUAAAGAUAUGAGUUAUAUGACAGUGGACAACUUUCAAAGAGGCAUCUUUGUGUGGCCCAUGAACUUUGGUUGGAGAACAAUUCCUCCAGAUGUCAUUGCAAAAAACAGAAUUAAAGAAACUGAUGUAAUAAGGUGCCCUGUCAUGGCUGGCGGAUUAUUUUCCAUUGACAAAAGUUACUUUUUUGAACUUGGAACAUACGACCCUGGCCUUGAUGUUUGGGGUGGGGAAAAUAUGGAGCUCUCAUUCAAGGUAUGGAUGUGUGGUGGCGAAAUUGAGAUAAUCCCCUGUUCCCGAGUGGGCCAUAUAUUCAGAAAUGACAAUCCAUAUUCCUUCCCCAAAGACCGGAUGAAGACAGUGGAGCGGAACUUGGUGAGGGUUGCUGAGGUCUGGCUGGAUGAGUAUAAGGAGCUGUUCUAUGGCCAUGGAGACCAUCUCAUCGACCAAGGGUUAGAUGUUGGCAACCUCACCCAGCAAAGGGAGCUGCGAAAGAAACUGAGGUGCAAAAGUUUCAAAUGGUACUUGGAGAAUGUCUUUCCUGACUUAAAGGCUCCCAUUGUGAGAGCUAGUGGUGUGCUUAUUAAUGUGGCCUUGGGUAAAUGCAUUUCCAUUGAAAACACUACAGUCAUUCUGGAAGACUGCGAUGGGAGCAACGAGCUUCAACAAUUUAAUUACACCUGGUUAAGACUUAUUAAAUCUGGAGAAUGGUGUAUAGCCCCCAUCCCUGAUGAAGGAGCCACAGGGCUGCACCCCUGCGAUAACAGAAACAAAGGUCUAAAAUGGCUGCAUCAGUCAACACCAGUCUUUCAUCCAGAGCUGGUGAAUCACAUUGUUUUUGAAAACAGUCAGCAAUUAUUAUGCUUGGAAGGAAAUUUUUCUCAAAAGAUCCUGAAAGUAGCUGCCUGUGACCCAGUGAAGCCAUAUCAAAAGUGGAAAUUUGAAAACUAUUAUGAAGCCUGAAGUGGAACUGAUGUUUUUAUAUAGUAAACCCAUCAAAUACUGUGAAAAUAACACUGAACUUGGUAACUAUAUUUCUCAGCAGUAGUUUAAAUUUUCAAAUUUAAUAGCAUUUGAAUGGAAGAUUUUUUGUAAAUCACAAUAUUUGGAAUACCAAAGGACAACUCAGGAAAACAGUUCAACAUUGGACUGAAGUCCUUCUUCAGAAGUGAGUGACCUUUUGAAUUGCCUGCUUUUCACCCUGUGCUGGAACUCAUCCUGCAGAUUUCCCUAUGAAAGCUAACAGGUAACCAGAAAUGAAGACAGAAGGAUUUGAGAAAGCAUGAGGAUAUUUCCAAUGACUGUGUUUGAUAAAUGUCAGCUCUUCUGGCCUACAAGUAGGGAUGAUCAAUGAAAACUUAAUUUAGUUUUUUAUUUGGGAAAAUUUUCAUCAAACAAAAACUUCUUGAGUUUUUAAUGGCUAGAAGACCUCAGAUGCCCACAGCUAUCACAUUUGUGAAAUCCCUCCAGACUACAUGCAUGCUUUCCUAACAGUUUGAAAUAGUAUUGAUUUACUGCUGGUAACCUUACCUGAUGGUAGCAUUUUGAUUUAAUUACAUAAUGUUUUUUCCCAGUCCGAGUCAGUGGAAAAAAUUUUAAGUGAGGAAGAAGAGGCCUUCAAAUGCUUAUUUAAUUCUAGGUAUAAACACUGUUUCUGCUCAUUCUGUGCUUUUAAAACUACAACUUUAAAGAUUCGAGAUACCAAUAACUUCCUAGAUUCAUGUGGAUUUUUUUUUAAGGCAAUGAAAAAGGGGCUGGAUUAUAACACACUGUGGUAACCAAAAAUGCAUUUAAGCGCCGAAUGCGCUCUAGUGCAGGGCCAAGUAAGAGAAGUAAAAUGAGUAAAGCAGAAAUAGAGCUGCCGAAAGUUUCUGUUAUGUAAAAUAAUAAAAUACUACUUUAUAUAUAGUAGCAUUCAUAGGGAUAAAAUAUGAUAAAAAUGGGCUCUGAAAUAUUUCAAAGGGAAAAUAAAGUGAAGCAAAUGUCAUAAAAAAGGAAAGGAAGGAGGUAAACAAGUCUUAGGAAGAGAGUUAAGAAAAUUGCCCUGGACUUAGCCAAAGAAGGCAGGGGAUCUGGUAUCUCUAUGAAGGAAAAAAGAGAAAAUCCCUCAAUGUGGACCCAAUGAAAUCACUGACAAAUUUGGGAAAAGUUAAAUACUGAUUUGAUCCAAAUAAAGCCUCUAAUCUUAAGUACACCAAUACUUCGGCAUACCAGAAGAAGUCUUAUAAAUCAGGAUUUUUUUUUGAUAAGAAAACUGAUGCUGAGAGGACAAAUUACCUAAAAAUCUAAAAAUCCAAUCAAGAUUAAAAUUCAGGUUUCCAGAGACAGGGCUCAUUCUACUGCCUCAGGCCACUGGCUUAAACAAAUCUGUUCCCCAGAGUUCCUUAGAAAGAGAUAUACAAACUUCUUUGCUGAGAUUAGGUCCCUGGAGGACAACCAUACUAUAUUCUUGUUAAUAUGUUAAAAUAUAUAUAUAAACCUUUGUUCAGUUGAGAUGAUGGUGAAACAAGGUAUCUUUCAUUCUGACUUUGGGUUUAGCGUUUACUUUUAACUCUCAACAAGUUACAUAAAAACAAAGCUACAGCUAAGAAUGGGAAGAAGAACUAUUUCUGCACAUUUGUAACAUAUUUAAGAUGCUUUAUUCAAGUAAUUGAAAAUUGCAGAUGAAUAAGAGAAUGACCAGAACAUGAGAUAGUUAUGUGCUGCAUAAUGAUGUUUUAGUCAACAAUGAACCACAUAUUUGACAGUGGACCCAAAAGAUAUUAAUAAUAUGGUAUUUUUAACUGUAGCUUUUCUAUGUUUACAUAUGUUUAGAUACACAAAUACCGUGGUGCUACAGUAGCCUACAGUAUUCAAUACAGAAACAUGUACAAGUCUGUAGCCUAGGAGCAACAGGGGUUUCAUACAGCCUAGGUGUGAAGUAGGUUACAUACACCAUCUAGUUUGUGUAACUGCACUCUGAUGUUCACACAGUGAUGAAAUUGCCUAAUGACACAUUUCUCAGAAUGUAUUUGUGUCAUUAAAUGAUGCAUGACUGUAAUUCUUUUCAAAACAGAGCCAUAUGGGGAAAGGGGGUGGGAGGGACACAAGUCAGUUGCCAAAAGACUAAUUGAGUCACUGACAAACUGAAUAUACUAAGUGCCUCAUGUAACUCUUCAUGUAACUAAAACAUGUUGAGAGGUUUUUUCCCCCUGAUAUAUAGGCUCUUUAUUUUUCCAAAAAUAGUUUCCACAAAGAAAUCAACUCUGUUCUGAAAAAAAAAAAAGAAUUAUGUUUUAAACACACUUACCUUUGGAUAUAUCAGCUAAAGGAGGUUAGAUUGUUUUCCUUAACAGAACCAUCUGUUCAGUUCACAUUCUUUCUGAGUUUACCUUGACAUACUUACUGCAUAAAGCUAUAUUUAAAUCUACAUUGUCAAUACAACAAAGGAUUGUUUUUGAACAUCACAAAUUUGUUCUUGAAUAGAAUUUUAUAAAUUGCUUUUAUCAUAUAUUUGCUUAGUUACUCUAAGAAGCAAGAAACUUAUCACUAGUUGGGAAUCUAUAUAGGCCUAACCUUGAGUUUACUGAUUGAUUAUGAAAUCUACUACCAUUUUCUUAAGCAUUGCCUUCUAAAUUUUUUCAGGAGACUGGAAUAAAAGUAUCAAUGCCACUAGGUCUUUUGGUACUUCUAAUGAUAAACCUCUGGAUGAGACAGGUCCUAAUCAGCACUGAAUUAUUCAAUAGGGGGCUGUGUGAUAGGAGUUACAGAUUUUUCCCUGUAUUAGCUUAGGUCUUUGCCUUUUCUUAAAAAAAAAAAAAAAAGUCUACGCAUCUUGUUACCUUGAAUACAAGGGUAGUCCUAUUAAUAUUUAACAGGACUAACCAACUUACCAAGCCAUCUAAGUGCUUCUGAGACUUUCAGUUUGCAUAAUCUCUUUCUCUUUUUCAACAGUUGCCCAGCACUUCUGCCCUACUCUCUUGUAAACUGACGCAGCUGUUGUUGGUACAACCGUGUUUUAUCACCAGCAUCAAAUUUGCUCAAUACUGCUUGCUGACAUCCCUCAGAUGUCAUUUACAGCAAACCACCAUGUGCCAUGAUCACAAUGUAUUAUUAGCUUCACCAUACUUAUUUGGAAACAUUCUUUUCAAUAUUAAAACACCUUGCUUCUAGUAUUAGUUGGGGACUGCAGAGGGGCAAAGAUACCAUUUUCAGUGUGUAGGAGCUCAAUAUUCCCAACCAACCUUAAUUUCAUUAAUGGCUUAUAAUUAUUUUUAGGGGACAUUCAUGCAAUAGAAGGAGGUUGAAACAUGACAGACAGUACCAUCUUGCUUCGUUUUAACAUCUCUGGCUGAAUUCCUAUAUUCAGAAUACAAGAAAGAAAUUUUGCUGGCCAGUCAGUCAUGGUGCCUCACGCCUAUAACCUCAGCACAUUAGGAGGCCAAGGCAGGCAGAUUAUGAGGUCAGAAGUUCAAGACCAGCCUGGCCAAUAUGGUGAAACCCUGUCUCUGCUAAAAAUACAAAAAGUAGCUGGCAUGGUGGUGGGCGCUUAUAAUCCCAGCUACUUGGGAGGCUGAGGCAGGAGAAUUGCCUUGAAUUGGACAGGUGGAGGUUGUAGUCAGCCAAGAUCAGCCACUGCACUCCCUAAUCUUUUACUAUGCAAUCUUUUACUACCUGGCUGUCGCAAUGACACCUGCACAAUGGCUUUACCUGGCUGGUGCAGUGAUGCCAUGACACCCUCAAGCGUGCUGACAAGGAAAAGGGAGCAGGGAUUCCCAUGUUCAGUGUGCCUGGCUUCCAGGUACAGCUGUUAGUUUUACAUAUGCAAGCCUCUAGCUUGCAUAUCUAUGGUUGCAACUUGAGUUUUCAGGCUGCUUUCUGUUAGAAAAGAAAUGCUUUGGGCUGCUUUUUAUUAAAGAAAAAAGCGACUGAGCUAUUUUACCAUUUCUAACUGCCUAAAAUAAAUUUUUAAUGAUGCCUGUGUUAAUAUUACCAACUCUUGAUUCCUCCAACCUUUAAACAAAGCUGGCAGUUGCUCAUCAUGAACAGAGAUAAAAAGUUAAAAAGUUGGAGUCCUUUAAAACACAAGCCAUGACGUUUUAUUUCUACUCAUUGUGUAGAUUGUCACUACUGUGCUUUUGCAGCAACUUUUGCAUGGGUUACUCAAUAGUUGCUACAAGACAAAAUGCCUUACAAUUAGAAAAGAAACAUUAACCAGAGCUAUUGUACAAAUAUUUAUUUUUUGACAAAUGGCCAUUCCAUGGACAGUUUUGAAUAAGCCAUAUAAAGUAUUAUAUAUCCCUGAUGAGGCUUAAUGGACUGUUAUUUCAGGUGUUGGUGGUGUCUGUGUCUAAAAGAAAGAAACCAAUAACAUCACAAGAAGCAGAUUUAAUGCCUCUGUUUUCAACCUAAUGAAACAAUCAUUUCAAUUAGGGUCCCUCUGCAAGUUUAUGUGGAUCUUUGCUUUGUAAAAACACAAACAAAACACAAGGGAAAAUCCUCAUUUUCUAGCAAAUAUGGCAACUUCUAAUAUGCUGAGUUUCUAAUAAUGAGUUGCCAUCAAAUAAGUAAUAAAUAAUUUCUUUGGAAACAAGAGCUUUCUAUUUUUUUUUUAUUGAUUGACAGAUAUUUACUAGUUUAAGGAUAUUGGUCAUAAGUAUCUAUAUAAUAAAGCCUUUAUAUUAGAUGCUAGAUUAAAACGUUUGAUAGCAUAAAUACAUCUUUAACUGACCAUUCAAAAACAUCAAUUUUUUUGUGAAUAUAGUGUAUGUUUGUAUAUGUAUAUAUAUUUACAUAUUUUUUUGAUACUUUGAACUGGAAGAAAGAAAUUUCAAGUUUCUACUCACAACAUAAAGAAAAUUAAAUGUUUUUUGAUAUUUUAAAGUCUUUCAGGCGUAUAGCUUUGUCUGCAUCUGGCCUGCUGCACAAAAGUAUCCCAAAUGAACUUUCACUCUGGAUACCAUUUUCCAACUUGAAGGAGUAAUCAAAUUCUCCAUUAUCAGGGUGCUUGUUUUCAGUUUAAGAUUACACAUACUUCUUCUCCUUCAAGCAAGUACCCCAAAUUUGCUAGUUUUAUACAUAUUAGCUACAAACAAGAUAAUCCAAAGAUUAAGUGAGUGAAUUUUUUAAAGGAUCGCCUGAAAACAUUUGCUAAGGGGAGACUAAAAAUAGAAACUUGGAGUAUAAAGGAUGUUGGAAUUAACCAUUUUUAAGUACUUUUUUUCUGCAUCUGAUCAACUGAACUUAUUAUAAAGAAGGAAUCAAGUAUGUAACUUUAUAUUUCUAGAUAGAAAUCCAAAUUGCUUUCUAAAUUCAUUUCCAAAACUCUCCUGUGCUGGCAGUUAGCUACUAGAAAUCAUCAUUUCAUUUUGCAGUUUGCCGUGUUUUGAGUGAGUUCAGCUGCUUGUUACUACCCAUGUAAUUGUGUUUGUAUUGAUGGCCUGGCUCAGUUACUUCAUCAUCUCCGUGAACUAUACGCACAUUUUCAUUGUCUUUAAACAAUACUGAGUUUUGAAGUUAAGUAGAAUAUUGUAGGAGUUAUCAGUAACCCAUUCAUUGUGUUAUGUUUCUGUCCUAUAUUUCAGUAUUGGCAAAUAUAAUUUUUGACAUUGCAUUUUACAGUCCUCUUAUUUUUUUAGAGUGAUGAAAGUUCAAGUUUUAAGAGAAGUGGUUGCCUUUCUCAUAUUGUCAAACAUAUUUCUUCUUUUUUAUGCUCUGGUGUUUCAUCCUUCUCCAUAAUUUUCUAUUGCUACUUAUUUUAAAAGUUUCCCCAUCACACUGAAAAACUUAAAUGUUGAUUGUCCAUUUGAAAAUGUGCCAAUAGUACUAUUCCAUGUAAACAUGCAGAACAAUUGCUAUAAAGAUGUCGGCAUAGUUUAAAUGUACUACUUUGAUGAUUACAGAGAUUUUUUUCAAUUUGUUCAUGUUAAGAUGUAGCUUAAACAGUAUCUCAGUUCCUUAAAAAAUAAUAGAAAUAUUUCAUGUAUAUUACAUAUCUACCUACCAGAAAUCCUUUUUACAAUUUUAUAUACAAUUAUUUUAAGAUCUUUUUGAAAUAAAUAAUGCAAAAGAA